AUGUCAUUCACCGAAGAAUACCCGUCUGACUCUUAUCAGUCAGAAGAUACGUCUUCUUACGUUAACCACCAGCAAAGAUCGUUAAAAAUACUUGCUAUCGGUGCCGUAUACGAGGAUACAAUAUUGUAUGUAGACAAGUUCCCGCCCGAGGACGGCAAACAGAGAGCGCAAAGAGUGGAGAAACGAAGAGGUGGAAAUGCAGGAAAUACGUUGACCGUAUUAUCACAGUUUCCGCAUUUUCGACCUUAUUUCAUAGCUUCCAUGGCUUCAAGGGAGGCAUCAAACAUAGAGGAAUUAACUUUAGAGGAAUUCGGAGAUAAAUUUGAUGAACUGUGUGAUGUCGAAACAAUGUCAUCUCUAAUGGGCGAUGUGCCGUUUCAUUGGAUUCAUUUUGAAGGAAGAAAUGUUGAAGAAACAGCAAAGAUGAUGGACUAUGUUGGCACGAAAUCUUGGAGAUCACGAGCAGUAAUCAGCGUAGAACUGGAGAAACCACAUAGGCAGGGUUUAGAACAAUUAAUGCGUAGGGCGGACGUGAUAUUUUUCUCGAAAGUGUUUGCUGAGGGCAAAGGGUAUGAUCAUCCGGGAGAUUUUUUGACUGUUAUGGGUCCCGCUUGUAAAAGCACAGCCUACUUAUUUUGCACUUGGGGCGAUGCCGGAGCAUCCUGCUUUCAUAAUCCGACUCAAAAAUUAUACACGGCUCCGGCUAUUCCCAUUACAAGCGUCGUGGACACGGUUGGUGCUGGUGACACCUUUAUUGCCGGAGUCAUAUAUGGUCUUUCUCUGGGCGUGUCUCCCGAAAAUGUUCUUCGUUUCGCAUGUGAACUAGCCGGACAUAAAUGUGCACAGAUUGAGGAAAUUAGGGGAGAGACGAAGAGGCGUCAGCGGCGUCAGAGACAGUAUCAAGAAGAAGACGAAAAUGUUGCAAUUGAGUCUGAUAAAGUGAGGAAUGCUGAGAAUGGGAGAGAAGUAGUGGACGUGAAGAGGAAAGGAAGAAAGCACAACGUUGGGGUGUACGACGAUAGUAGUAGGGAUAAAGAUUAUAAAGAAGGCAUUUCUCGUUAUCCUCAUAACGCGCCCAGGCUUUCAUCAAAAAGGUGGUCACUUAAAUCUUUCAUUCGUCGCAAUUCCAAUUCCUCGUUAUCCGAGAAAAUAUUUCAAAAAUGGCUUCCGUUCAGAGACAAAGAGUCUAUCAAAUCAGAAUCAUCCUUUCGCCGGCGCGCCGAUAAGGGCAAAAGUCGGGCGAAAGACGUGCCUAGCAAUCCAGAAUCACGGAAUUCGAGUGACAUGAAUGGAAUGGACGAUUAUCCCGCCCACAGAAAGAGUUUUCAGGAUGUGGCUCGUGUAUACGAUGGUGGUGGAGAAUACCAGAGUGAAGAAGAUAGUUUUGAGAGCUGUGCAGAGGAUGAACGUGGUUACAUGUCCGCUAAUGAAACUAGUUACGAGAACACCGAAAUAUAA